UACGUCUCAUUAUCAGCUGUGUUCUGCGCGUGCAUCAGUCAAAAACGAAUCAUUUGUCGUACAAUAAAAUUACUGAUAUCUACUGUGCAAGCGACAAAAGUAUUUCAACGAUUUUAAGCAAAAAUGAAGCCAACAUUGGCAGCUGAUGAAAUGUUUCCGGAAGGAGCCAACUUUAUGGAUCUGGAUGAGCCUGGCUCAGGAUCUGGUCUUUUGAUGGAUCUGGCGGCUAACGAAAAAGACGUUCAUGCAGACUUUUUUAAUGAUUUCGAAGAUCUGUUCGACGAAGAGGAAAACAACGGCGUAUAAAACCAUGGAGAAUCAACGCUUGUUUUGUGUGUAAUGAAAUUUAAUUGAAAUGAUUUUUUAUUUAAACAAGGAAUAAAAUUUGAAACAAAAUGGGAAAAAUC